AUGGCCUAUCUUCGCCUCCCGGCUUCUGUCAUACCACUAUUCCUGCUCUUUACCUUCUCAUAUAUGAGCUCCAAAACAAUGGUUGCCGGGGCUCGCUUUCUUCUCGAGACUUCCUUGCCUCAAGUGCCCGAGCUUCCAAAGCCUGAGCUGCCACCACUCCAUAAACCUGAGCUGCCACAGUUGCCGAAGCCCGAACUGCCAACGUUGCCGAAACCCAAAUUGCCACCAGUACCCCAUGUUCCAACUUUGCCAAAGCCUGAAGGUCUCAAGUUGGCAGAAGAGCCCCAUGUCCCUGAGCUUCCAAAGCCGGAAUUGCCACCACUUCCUAAUUUCCCAACUUUGCCAAAGCCUGAGUUGCCAAAGUUGCCUGAAAUUCCACCUCUUCCCCAUUUCCCAGCUGACCUACCUAAUCCCACAUUGCCCUCCAUCCCAACCCUCCCCAAGGACACACCCGUCCCUUCUCUCAUUCCACCCCACAAAACCACCUAUCCUUGA